GAGUCACAAAUUGUUCGAAAUUCAAGAUGGCCAUGUGUCACGAUGGUCUCUUGAAGUGUUCUCGCUAAGUUUAUUUGUUUUGUGUGAAAAGAGUGUUUUACCACGAUGGCUGACUUAAGUGUUGAUAUAUCAAAGUUGCCGGACGAGAUAAGAGACAAAUUAGCUGAAUUGGAUUUAGAGUUAUCCGAAGGUGACAUCACACAAAAGGGCUAUGAGAAGAAACGGACGCGGCUGCUCGCGCCCUACCAGCAGCAGCCUCAAGCAGGCAACCAGCCGCCGCGCGGGCCGCGAGGGGACGGCGGCAGCGGCCGCCUGCACACCAGGAACCGCCGGACGCACCGGCGCGUCACGCACAAUGAGAAGCGAUACCACUCAGAGGUCCGGCAGGAGGCGGUGCAGCAGGCGCUAGCAGAGAUGCAAAACAGACCCAAGCCCUCGCUGCCGAUGCCGUCGAAGCGGACCUCCAUGAUGGCUAAGAGUCCAGAUAGAGAGCGGCACGACCUCUCAUCAAGUUCAGACGAAGACUCGUGCGCCGGCGACACAGACCUCCCCCCGCCCCCUGAGCUGGGGUCACCUCCCGCGCGGCGGCCCGCCGCCCCGCACCCCCGCUCACACCCGCAUCCGCUGCCCCAGCCCCCACACCAUCGUGAGAGGGAGAGGGAACGGGAGAGAGAGAAGAAACACGUGAGGGAGAGGACGGAGAUCGAUCUCUCGGAGAUGACACAUUUACCUGCUUACAUCCAACCAGACGUAACGCAUACAUCAGCGGGCGCGCGGCGCGGCGGCGCGCUCGUCGCCGACCGUGUCGGGUGCUACCAGUCCGACGACACAGGCACAGGCACCGGAAGGUGGAAGGUGUCAGCCAAGAUCCAACAAUUGCUCAACACACUAAAGCGGCCCAAACGCCGACCAUUACCCGAGUUUUACGAGGAUGACGACAUCGAGCUCGAGAUCGCAGCGAACCCCAAGGACCCCAACGCGCCCAAACCCGAGGGUGGCACCAUGACACCAGCGGUGGGCGAGCAGCUGGUUGUCCCCGCCGGGCUCCCCAGGAACCUGGAGGCGGCGCUGCAGAGAUACGGCACGGCGUCGUUUAAAGCCAAUGUGGCUACGGUGUUGGACCCUAAUGGGAAAUUGAGUAACUCGCUUACUUAUGGCAAACUACUAAGCCGCUCGCUCAAAAUCGCGUUCGCACUGCUCAACAAAUCCUUCACAUCGAAGGCAAGCAGCGGCGGCCCGCUAACCGGCGACACAUCCAUCAAGCCCGGCGACCGCGUCGCCCUGGUGUACCCCAACAAUGACCCGAUCAACUUCAUGUGCGCGUUCUACGGGUGUCUUCAGGCUGGUGUUGUGCCCGUGCCAAUUGAGGUGCCGCUGACGAGGCGAGAUGCGGGGCUACAGCAAGUCGGGUUCUUGCUCGGCUCGUGUGCGAUACAAUACGCGCUCACGUCCGACGCGUGCCUCAAAGGCCUGCCAAAGACGUCCUCCGGCGACGUGGUCUCGUUCCGCGGCUGGCCGUCCCUCCAAUGGGUGUCCACGGAGAAGCUUCCCCGCCCCCCGCGCGACUGGAUCCCGCCCCCGCGCCCCGCGGACGACAGCCCCGCACACAUCGAACACACGUCGGCGGUCGACGGGUCUGCCAUGGGCGUCAUUGUUACGCGCCAAUCAAUGCUGGCGCACUGCCGCAUGCUCUCAGUAGCGUGCAACUACACCGAGGGCGAGCACAUGGUGUGCGUGCUGGACUUCAAGCGGGAGACCGGUCUGUGGCACGCCGUGCUCGCGAGCGUGCUCAACGGGAUGCACGUCAUAUUCAUCCCGUAUGCGCUGAUGAAAGUCAGCCCUGCUUCGUGGAUGCACAUGAUCACUAAAUACAGGGCGUCAGUGGCGAUAGUAAAGUCCCGCGACCUCCACUGGGGGCUCCUCGCCACCCGCGACCACAAGGAGAUCUCACUCAGCUCGCUGCGCAUGCUGCUGGUCGCUGACGGCGCCAACCCCUGGUCGCUAUCAUCCUGCGACCAGUUCCUCUCCGUUUUCCAGAGCAAGGGUGUUCGCGGUGACGCCAUUUGCCCAUGCGCGUGCAGCAGCGAGUCGCUCGUGGUUUGCGUGCGUCGCGCGGGCCGCGGGGGCUCCUCCGCCGGCCGCGGCGUGCUGUCCAUGUCCGGGCUCUCGUACGGCGUGGUCCGGGUGGACGCCGAGAACUCGCUCACGUCGCUCACGCUGCAGGACUGCGGGCAGGUCAUGCCGUCGUGCGUAAUCGUCGUAGUCAAAAUGGAGGGCCCCGCGUACCUCUGCAAGACGGAUGAAGUCGGCGAAAUCUGCGUGCUAUCCGGGGCUACAGGAUCUGGCUACUGGGGUUUACCGGGACUCACGAACACAGUGUUCCGAGUGAGGCCGCUAGACGCUGACGGCGAGACCAUAGGAGAGGAGAGCUAUGUCAGGAGCGGGCUGCUGGGAUUCUUGGGGCCUGGUGGUCUCGUGUUCGUCUGCGGGUCCCGCGACGGUUUGAUGACGGUGACGGGCCGCAAGCACAACAUGGACGACAUCAUCGCAACCGUGCUAGCCGUCGAACCGAUGAAGUUCAUAUACCGUGGCCGAAUUGCUGUGUUCUCUGUACGAGUGUUAAGGGAUGAGAGGAUCUGCAUUGUAGCCGAGCAGAGGCCGGAUUGUGGGGAGGAGGAGUCAUUCCAAUGGAUGUCCCGCGUGCUCCAAGCAGUGGAUUCUAUCCACCAGGUCGGGAUCUACUGCCUGGCGCUGGUGCAGCCCAACUACCUCCCGAAGACUCCACUCGGCGGGAUCCACCUCAGCGAGUGCAAACGGCGCUUUCUGGAAGGGACGUUACACCCCGCGAAUGUGCUGAUGUGUCCGCAUACUUGCGUCACCAACCUGCCGAAGCCGAGGGAAAUACACUCAGACGUUGGGCCGGCGUCGGUGAUCGUGGGCAACCUGGUGCAGGGCAAUCGCCUGGCAUCCGCGCAGGGCCGCGAUAUGGGAUAUACAGAUGACUCAGACGCUGCUAGAAAGUAUCAAUUUAUAUCUCAAAUCCUGAGAUGGCGCGCGCAGAGCACCUCCGACCACGUCAUCUUCACGCUCCUCAACUCGAAGGGCGCCGUGUCCAAGGUCCUGACCUGCGCCGAACUACACAAGAAGGCCGAGCGGAUCGGCAACCUCCUCCUAGAGAAAGGAAGGGUCAACACUGGAGACCACGUAGCGCUCAUUUUCCCUCCCGGGAUUGAUCUCAUUUGCGCGUUCUACGGGUGUCUCUACGUAGGCGCGGUCCCCGUCACGAUUCGGCCGCCGCACCCGCAGAACCUCCACACCACCCUCCCGACCGUCAGAAUGAUCGUCGACGUCAGCAAAGCGACUCUAGUCCUCUCAAACCAGUCUGUGAUAAAACUGCUGCGGUCCAAGGAGGCCAGCAACGUCCUCGACAGCAAAGCUUGGCCCAUCACGCUCGACACCGACGACAUGCCUAAAAAGAAACUACCAAUCUUAUACCGCGCGCCCACAGCAGAAAUGCUAGCGUACCUCGACUUCAGCGUAUCCACUACAGGAAUGCUCGCCGGCAUCAAAAUGUCGCACGCCGCAGUCACGUCUCUCUGUCGAUCCAUGAAAAUCGCCUGCGAAUUAUACCCCUCCAGGCAUAUAGCGCUAUGUCUAGACCCCUACUGCGGCCUCGGAUUCGCUCUCUGGUGCCUCAGCAGCAUCUAUUCCGGACAUCACUCGAUUUUGAUUCCGCCUUCCGAAGUGGAGAUCAACCCUGGACUUUGGCUCAGCGCCGUGUCUCAAUACAAAGUAAGGGACACGUUCUGCUCGUAUGGAGUGAUGGAGUUAUGCACUAAAGGGCUAGGAAGCUCCGUGAAUCAGCUCAAGUCGAAAGGAAUCAAUUUGGCUUGCGUGCGAACAUGCGUCGUCGUCGCCGAGGAGAGGCCGAGGAUAAACUUGACGAAUUCGUUCUCAAAGCUGUUCUCGGCGUUGGGGCUCAGUCCUCGCGCCGUCUCGACAUCUUUCGGCUGCCGAGUGAACAUAGCGAUCUGCUUGCAGGGCGCCUCGAGCCCCGAGCCCUCUACGGUGUACGUAGACUUGCGUGCGCUUCGCAACGACAGAGUCUCGUUAGUAGAACGCGGCAGCCCGCACUCGCUAUGUCUAAUGGAGUCUGGAAAACUUUUACCCGGCGUGAAAGUGAUCACAGCGAAUCCUGAAACGAAAGGGCAAUGCGGGGACUCGCAUUUGGGUGAAAUUUGGGUUCAAUCGCCGCACAGCGCGAGCGGAUACUUCACGAUAUACGGGGACGAGAGUGACUACGCGGACCACUUUUGCGCUCAGCUGGUGACCGGGAAUACGGGUGAAGUUUACGCGAGGACGGGGUAUCUAGGGUUUUUGAGGAGGACGGAGAUUAGUACGACUGCGAGCACAGGGGACGACAGUUCGUUAAUGAUCAGAGACAGCGACACGGAGUCGCUGGCGUCGGCGUGCGGCAGCGUGAGCGGCGCGAGCGUGCAGGAGUCGCACGACACGCACGACGCGGUGUUCGUGGUGGGCGCGCUGGACGAGACCAUCAUGCUGCGCGGCAUGCGGUACCAUCCCAUCGACAUUGAGAACUCGGUCAUGCGGUGCCACAAGAAGGUUGCUGAAUGCGCCGUGUUCACCUGGACGAAUCUCCUGGUCGUGGUCGUGGAGCUGGACGGGAGCGACAGCGAGGCCCUGAACCUGGUGCCCCUCGUCACCAACACGGUCCUCGAAGAGCACCACCUCAUCGUGGGCGUGGUGGUGGUGGUGGACCCGGGAGUGGUGCCCAUCAACUCGCGAGGCGAGAAGCAACGCAUGCACCUCAGGGACGGCUUCCUUUCCGAUCAAAUCGAUGCCAUCUACAUCGCUUAUAACAUGUAAAAUGUUAGUCAAUUUAGCUAAUGUUACAUUUGACUUUUCAAAUUUCUUCUAUAUCCGUAAUUCAUGGGUUUUUCUUGUCAAAGAAAAGCUAACUCGAAUUUAUCAUAGUCAUUUUACGUAACCUAUGGAUUUUAUUCGAUGCUAUUGUAUUUAAAAAAAUCGCUAGGUCAAAUGAAACGUUAGGUGAAAUGAUAUUCGGUCAGCCCUGUGUGGUAACUUGUUUGGCGAUGUUGUCAACCAACCCAUGCAGUCAGAGGUUCUAUCCUGUCAUUUAAUGAAUGUGCUUCGAAAGACGAAUGUAGCAACAUACAGUGACAUGAUUCCGAGACCUUAUCUUAUUUUAAAUGCCAUAAAUUUUACGAAGUUGUAACUGUGAAUUUUUUGAUGUUAGGUCUAUCUUCAAGAUAUAUCUUGUCUUGACUGUGUAUAUUCGAAGUGGUUGGCGCCUGUAUGUAUCAUAACAAUGGUAGGUACCCCAGUUGAUCUUCGACGAUCUCCAUUUGCACAAGAAACUGACGGAAGCUGUUGCUUCAGAUUUGUUAACAAAAAGGAAUGUAAUCUUUUGGAAAGCUUUAGUUCGGGCAAUAGGCGCAUUCUGAGACGAUUGAUAUGUGGUUAGUGUCUUUUAACAGAUUUAACCUGCAAGUUAUAUUAAUUUAAGUUUGGCUAGGCAGGUGUAAACGAGAAACAAUACUUGCCUGUAUGUAAUUAAUACAAUAGAUAAGAGUUAUUUUCAGUAUCAAGUUCUCCGCCCGUUUAGAAUCUGUCUAUAAGCUCAAUACGCGCCAUACGCAUUCCAAGCGAUGCCCAUCAUAAUUAGUACCUACCUUAGAACACCGACUACCACCCCCACGAUGUAAGUUAGCAUUUUACCUUCUCACCCUUUCCAAAUUGGAAUUGUCUAAAACAAAUUAGUGUAGUUAGUAGUUUCGGUGCCGGCGCCUAAACGAUUAUUAAGGUUAUAUUUUGUAAGGUUGUUUAAAAGUUACCAGUUCGGUGUCAAAAUUGUUAUCUGACUAGAUUAGUUUGUUUGAAAUUGAUAAAAUACUUAGUAUUUAGCUCAAACGCCGGCACCGGCACAGGCCCACGCAUAUUUUACGAUUUCUAAGACUUUAAACGAAUUCUAAGACAAGUUAAUUACAUCGUACGUACGGUAAGAGGAAGCUGCCGCUUUAGAACAUUGUCGUAUUACGAGCUAUCAAGUGACGUUAAACGAAAAUCAGAAAUAGUCGAGUACGACAAAGCACUAAAUUGUGUAGCAUUUUAAAAUUGCUGUGCUUUGAGCUCGAAUCAAGAUCGGGACAAGACUGAUACAAGUCUGAAUUCUAGAAAAGUUUUUUACUUUCACUUUAAGGUAUUUUUACCGCCCCCUAUUCCCAGUAAUGUAACUUGGAUUUGGAGCUUUUGGAACAGUGAAUGAAUGCAUGGUUCGGGUUUGUGCAGUAAUUAUAUUUGUUAGUCUAAUUGUUGUAUGCAAACCUCAAAAUUGUGGCAUUUCUAGGUUUGCCUUAGGGUUUACUAGUGGCCCGUGGAAAAGUAUAAAACUAAACUAACUAAGUCAAUCCUAGGAGUGACCAACUUGUACAGUUUAGGCCGAAACACAAACCGAUCAAAUCGGAUUUUUAAUAGUCAGUCAAUCUCAAAGUCGACGAAGUACAACGCCUCUUACGCUCUUAACCACAUGGAAACUAACGAAUCGUGUAAAUUCAUAAAGUACUCUAUUUACAAAACCCUAAUUUAAUUGUUAUACAUUUCGAGGGUUGAUAUCUUAUUGAUCACUACUAGAAUUUACUAGUUAAAGACCGAAACACUGUCUAGGAGGUAGUUUUCGGUUUUGAUGAAGACCACUUUCCAGUUAAACCUCCAGGUUGGCUAGCCAAACAUGUGACUGCCACAAUUUCGGGGCUUGAUCACAACAUAUUGAUUAGAACUUAUAAAAUUAUAUAAUAAUUGAUAAUUAUCUGACAAACAGCUUGUACUGUUUUUAUUAUACACAAUUAUAUUGUUGUGAUUAUCAUUCAAGUAAUUUAUCGUAGUUGUAAAUUUAUGUAUGACAAGUCAAGAUAUGAGUGUUAGUGACGAUAAUGUUUCGCAUUUAAUAUUAUAUGUUUAACUUAGUUUCGCGGUUCGGUUGAAGUCGACAAUAACGACAUGACGAUACUGGAAAUUGGAAUCCUGUGAAACUGAUAAAUUGAAAUUCUCGUACCAUAGUGUUAGCUUUAUUACGUGUUAGUUCUCGUAAUAAGUAGUAUUAAAUAGAAGGAAUGGUUACAGCUUAAGCAUCAUUCAGUGGUUUCUACACACAAACUGACGACCGGGGUCGUAAAACUUUUCAUUCACACUUGCCUGAUCGUGGCAAGAGUGAGAGAGAUACUGAUAUGAUCCCGGUCCUCAGUUUGGUUUGUGCCAGUUUGUGGCUAUAAUAGCAUCACUUAACUAACCAUUUGUGGUCCUUAUGUCAUGGUGACAAGGUUCACGUAUUGUCAGUUGACAGUGUGGACGAUGCACCGCAGCUUUUCUCUAGAAUGUUUACCUUUACUUCACGCUCUUUUGUUCAAUAGCACGGUUUGAUCUGAGUUUGUGAAGUUUUACUUAUUUUAUUUUCUACUUGAAGGACAUAAUGAAACCAAUAUAUGUAUAUAGAGUAGGAUGCCUCAAAUUUCGACAUUAAUAUCGAUCGAUCAAUAUAUUUAAGGUCGCUUUAUCUUAUUAGGGGCAUAGACAACUUUUUUGUUGAUCAAAUUAGCUGGUUGGUUGACCAUUAGGGUAACCGGUUUAAUUAAGAAGGUUAUUUGUAAUGACCCUCUGCUUACCCUGUUGAUAUAAUAGCUAAUAUAUAUUUAGGCAAUUUACGUUAUCCUUUUCAAGCUCAGAUACAACUUUGCGAUGGUUUGUUGUCUCCAGGACUGGCUCUUUGCUCAAUUUAAACAGAAUUUGAGCCGCUUACACUUCACUUCCGGAGAAAACUACCAUAUCAAAAUCUUAUCCAAGUUAGUUUAAUAGUGACCAAUUAUAAGUUUUAUUACACAGAAAUAAAAUCUAUUAAUGGGCACUUUUUAUAUAGGUAUUGGUAUGGGAGAUUCCGGUAAAAGUCAACUUACAGUUUUAUAAUUUGCUAGUGUAUAGAAUAUCAACAACAGAGUAACAAGCAAAAUUAAUUCGUUAUCCAGCAUAUAGCAGCGUAAUUGUUAAUACGUUUAGUAUUGUUUGUUGCAAAUAGUUAGAUUAUACGCGUCUCUAGGGUCAGGUAGCCUUGCUCAAAUGUCAUUUGAUAUCUUGUGAAAAUAUUCACGAUUUUACCACACAGAAUAAAGGCAGAUACAUGAUCGCUGAAAUAAAACUAGGAUUUCCUAACAUGCCAAUUUCUUCGUGAUUACGCGAGACACGCACACAUUCACGACACGAGGGCAAGCGCUGAAUGGCUUGAACCCGACAAGUGAGAAAUGUGUGUGUGUGUGUGUGCGAAAUGGGCUUGCCAUGAAGUUACAGUUUUGUCUUAGUGACCCUACCUGUAUUUAUGUUUCAAGUGUUUUUCAUCAUUACUGAGACCGAUGACAAUUUAUUCUGCAUUUCUUGAUUAUUUUCGCAAGCCUGGCUCUCGGAACGUAACUAUCUAAAGUGUCAAAUCGUGUAAAAGUAAAUGUCAUUGCUUAUAACUUAGAUGUUCAAUAAGGACUGCAGUUUAUUGUGUGUUAAUUGGAAUAUGAUACGAAUUUGGUACCAAAUUUAAAUAGAUAGGUCUAUUGUCUAUGAAAAUUACUAACUUGUUUGUAUCCAAGAUUUAAACUAAGACUCAAUUCGUUGCGAUGAGGCGAGCUCAAACUUACGACUUAAAUUUUAAAAUACACCUCAACCCAACUGCUAUUUUGAUUUUAUUGAUAUAUUUAAAUUUGUUAAAUACACAAUUUCAAACACCAGGCCAAUAACUACUUAGAAAACUAAAUUUUUUGAAAUCUACAAUGGUUGUCAAUGUUUUAAACUAACUUUCCUUAUAUUCUAAAAUGAGAUGUACGAGUAACUAGGUACGAAUAGAGUUAAACCAUUUUAAAAGUGCCUGCCCAAAGCACCAACACCCACAUCGAAUCUUAUAGACGCGACAUACACAAAUACGACAUAAACAUUUUUUCAUUAUUUGUUGCGUUUUCGAUGUGAGCGCAAUUGCUUUGGAGGGGCGCACAGCUUAAAAAAUGGUUUAUAUCUACUUCGUAGGUACAUCAAAUUUAUCCUUUGAUUAGCAAGUAAUAGGCUCGGUUUAUAAAUAAUACCGUAGUUUGUCUCAUUAUAAUAUCGAUGGCAGUGAAACCUUGUUGAAAGUUAUGACUUCUAUUCCAGUUGAUGUAAGAUUUUAGAUGAUAACGUUUAUUAUUGGAUUUCAAUUGAUUUUUCAUGUAUUCAUGUAACUUAAGUGUUUGAAUGCGGUUCAGCUCAAAAGCAUUAUGCACAAUGAUUAUGAAACAAUUGAAGUAAGGAAGUGUUAUGGCUUUGUUCAAAAAUCUUGUCACUAAGGGUUCAUUUAGUCGUUGCAAGGAGAUAUCAGUAAGACUCGGCAAUGUAACAUUUGAGCAAGCAGGGUAAGGGCCAAGGCUUGGUAAGGCUUCGCAAUGAGGGCUAACGCGUAUGAAUUCGCCGCUAGGGGCGCUAGUGUAGAUGGUGGUCUUCGCAAAGUUCGAAAUGUCAAAUGUCACUUGUCACUUCAAUGACUGACAGCUGUUCUUUAGUCUUUUGGACCACCAUCAACAGAGGCGCCAACUGGUGAGCAAAAAUACGAUAGCCCUCAUUUACCAACUCAACGUUACACAAUUUCUCGUCUAUUAUGUUUUUUCGCGCAACAAGAUGCAAGCAUGUUUAUUAAAUGCUAGUCGAUCAAUAUAAAAAAAUCUGUUGUAAUCCAUUCCAGAUAUUUCUAUGCAAACAAUCCAUUAUGUAAUUUAUAUACUAUGAUUUGUUACGAGCUUAUUUUCGUCUAUUUAGAUCAUUUUUCUUUUUGUAAUUAUUUAUUGAUAAAAAUGUAAAUAUAAUUUUGUUAUUUAAUUUUACGUUUAAAUGAUUUUGGUAUUGAUGCUUUGUUGUUUUGACAAGUCAGCAAUUAUUUUAAGGAAAUGUAUCCGCCAACUGAUUUUGUAUUAUCAGAAUUCCUUUAAGUUGUCACUUAUAAAAAUAUUUUUAUUGAUAAAAAUGUAGUCAGUAUACAGUAUAAGUGUACACGUAGUUUAUAACUCAGUUUAAUGAACAAACACAUUAUCUGUAAUCAUUAUUAUUGUAACUAAGUUAUAGAGCAAGGUAGUCGACAGUCGACUAAAUGCACGUCGCGCGCACUGCACGGAUAUUGUUGUCGCAUUUUGUCACUUAUCGCGCUUGAUAAAAAUCCGACACAUUCAUUAAGCGUAAGGUGACGGCUUAUCCAUUGCAAUAAGUGACAAAGACGCGACCAUAAUAGGCCGCCUGGAUCAACUAGUGUAAGACAAACAUCACAAUCAAAUUAAUAAUGCACUCAUAAUAACGUCUCCCAAUAAGUUAAUCUAUUACAUUAGGUACCUACUGUCUAUAGUUGAAACUUUUAUAAAACGCACAAAAUUGUUUUGGAAGAUUUAUCUUGUGGUUUUGUUUUGUCUAUGUAACGGUGACAGCCAAAGAAUCGGAAGUGUGACUGGUGACCCGCUUUUGAAAAAUUGUGAUUCUUUCUGAAAAUAAAUAAAUAAACGUGCAUUCUGAUGUG